CUCCGCAUUCACUUGAAAACGUGCGCUGGACGCGUGCAGUUCUCAUCGAUCAGUUUCCGUUUAAAAAUACCUUCGGCUCAUCCCAUUUACCAGCUCGUUCGCUCCCUUGUGCUCGCUCGUUUGUUCCGAGAAAUGCAUCCUGCCUCGCCGCAUCAACAUCGCUCGCGUCUGCAUGUCGGCUCGCCGGGAUCGGGCCAAGUGCAGGCCUCCUCAUCAACGGAGACAUUUCCCUUGACACCGCAGCCGCAACAUCAUCAGUCGUCGUCGCAGCACACGGUUCACAUACCGCCUGCCGCCUCGCUGCCCUAUCAGGGACUCAAAACGUCGGAAAACGAUGACAUGGGCUGCGUGGAGAUAUUAGCAACGGCCAUUUCCGUGCUGAUUAUGAUUCUCACCUUUCCCAUCUCCGUGUUCAUCUGCUUCAAGGUGGUGUCCGAGUACGAGCGGGCUGUGAUCUUCCGCAUGGGUCGCCUGCGCAGCGGCGGUGCCCGUGGGCCGGGUGUCUUCUUUGUGCUGCCCUGCGUCGACGAUUACUAUCCGGUGGAUCUGCGCACCGUCUCGUUCGAUGUGCCGCCGCAGGAGGUGCUGUCCAAGGACUCGGUGACGGUGACCGUGGAUGCCGUCGUCUACUAUCGCAUCAGUGAUCCCCUCAAGGCCGUCAUUCAGGUGUACAACUACAGCCACUCGACCAGCCUGCUGGCAGCCACCACAUUGCGCAAUGUCCUGGGCACCCGCAACCUCUCCGAGCUGCUCACCGAGCGCAAGACCAUCUCGGAUACGAUGCAGAUGUCCCUGGACGAGGCAACCGAUCCCUGGGGCGUCAAGGUGGAGCGUGUGGAAAUCAAGGACGUCUCCCUGCCCACGGCAUUGCAGCGCGCCAUGGCCGCUGAGGCGGAGGCAGCUAGGGAGGCCCGCGCCAAGGUCAUUGCCGCCGAGGGCGAGAUGAAGUCAUCGCGUGCCCUCCGUGAGGCCUCCGAGAUCAUCUCGGCCAGUCCAUCGGCCCUGCAGCUGCGCUACCUGCAGACCCUUAGCAGCAUCUCCACAGAGAAGAACUCGACCAUUAUCUUCCCGCUGCCCAUGGAGCUGCUCACGCCAUUCCUCAACUCCCACAAUCAGUACCAGCAGCAGCAACAGCAGCAGCAGCAGCAGCACAACAUGCAUUCCCAUCCGCCGGCACCAUCCACCCCAUUGCAUCGCCACCAGCAUCAGCAUCAUCAGUGACGCUCAAUGUCGGUGCUGCAGCCCUAUCUGGAGGCACUGCAUCGCUGCGAGCUCAAGCGACUGCAGCGUCAGCGGCAGCAGCCAACAGACCGCAAUG